AAUAUAAGCGCCUUUCAGCACGUGAAAGCAUUUUUUUUCGUUUGCCUUCCUGGGGUUCAAUCUGUACAUAGCGUAUACACAUCGAUCUACACUUCAAAAUGGACACCACGGCUUCAACCUCAGAAGUUCCUCACGACAUGACUUCAAAAGACUACUAUGCCGACUCUUACGCACAUUUUGGAAUCCACGAAGAAAUGCUCAAAGAUUCAGUCCGGACAGGAUCUUAUCGCAGUGCGAUUAUAAACAACCCUCAUCUGUUCAAAGGAAAGACUGUGCUAGAUGUUGGAUGUGGUACUGGAAUCCUCAGCAUGUUUGCUGCAAAAGCUGGCGCAUCUCAUGUGGUCGGAAUUGAUAUGUCGAAUAUCAUCGACCAAGCUCAAAAAAUCAUUGAUGCCAAUGGGUUUUCAAAAACAAUCACCCUCGUCAAGGGUAAACUGGAAGAAUCUGAUCUUCCUAUAAAACAGUUUGACAUUAUCAUAUCCGAAUGGAUGGGGUACUUCCUUCUUUACGAAUCUAUGCUCGACACUGUUCUUCUUGCCCGGGACCAAUACCUCAAACCUGGAGGGCUCAUAUUCCCUGACAACGCUACGAUGUACCUUGCUGCGAUCGAGGAUCAGGACUAUAAGGAAGAAAAAAUCAACUUCUGGGAUAAUGUAUAUGGUUUCGACUAUUCCUGCAUCAAAGACAUCGCCUUGCGAGAGCCGCUGGUGGACACUGUCGAUUUGAAGUCGGUGGUUACGGAUCCUUGCAUGAUCAAGCACAUUGAUCUGCUCACUGCGAAAAAGGAAGACCUUACGUUUGAGGUCCCCUUCACAUUACGAGCCACCCGGAACGAUUAUGCCCAUGCGUUCCUCGCUUGGUUCGAUAUAUCUUUCGAAUGCACACACAAAAAGGUUAAGUUUUCAACUGGCCCUCACGCGCAGUACACGCACUGGAAGCAAACUGUGUUUUACACUCCGAAUACUAUUACCGUCUCAGAAGGGGACGCCAUCUCCGGACGUUUGACGUGUGCACCGAAUCAGCGCAACAACCGAGAUUUAGAUAUCUCAAUAACAUACCAGAGUGUACAAGACCCUGCGUCAACCACCAUGGCAUACAAAAUGUCUUGAUUGUAUCCCUUGGCUCCCGAUAAUUAUUCGCCUUUUUGUUGGGGCCAUUGCGGUACUAAUUCCUCAAUGGAGCCCAGAGUAGAGUAUCAUCUUGAGCCAUCAUAUCUAAUAGCCGUAUCUAUACGUUUUCAUAUCGACUGUCUUUACAAAUUUGAUUCUGCUAUCUUGUUGUGUCA